GAGCAGUAAACAAGCGCGACUUGAGCGCUUCGGUAGCGAGACGCAAAGAAGUCUCUUCCGUGGUUCUGGGCGAUGUCGCCACUUCUGCGAUCCUUGUGCAUCCAAUCGGUGCUCCUGGUCCUGUUCCUCUGCGUCCUGCACGCCGUCGAGCUGCAACUGCACGAGCAGCAGCUGCAGCAGCAGCGGGACGAGCAGCUGCGCCUGCGCGAGGAGCAGCACCAGCGGGACCUCCAGCGGGAGCAGGAGGCCAUCCAGCGACGCCUCUCCUCCUCGACCACCAGUCGCAAGCCCUACAUCAUCCCCAACGGACUAUCGCUGCCAAGAAGGGGGGAACAUCCGGACAAGUGCUACCGCGAAGUGCCAGCCGUCUUCUUCCAGUACGACAAGGAGGUGAAGAUCGUGGGCAACAGCACCACCAAUCGGUACUUAAACGUGAUCGAGGUUUGCUGCAAGGGAUGGCGGAGGUACGAGUACGAUUGGAGCCAGUGCGUCCCCGAUUGCGGAGAAAGGUGCCAGGAAAAUGGAUUCUGUGUGGCCGGAGGGAUCUGCCAGUGUUUCGACGACUUUGUCCUCAACUAUCGCAACAACUGUGUGCCCACUUGUCCACUGGGCUGCCCGCAUGGAAGGUGCUUCCUCAACGGCACGUGUCUCUGCGAUCGGGGAUUUGAACUGGAUGGAUCGCGAAAGUUUUGCCAACCGCAGUGCAACACCACCUGUGGCCACAACGAGGUGUGUCUGGAGCCGGGAAAGUGCUCCUGUGCCGAGGGCUAUGCCCGAGGAUUGAGGGAAUCAGCUGCUCUGGGCUGCCAGCCCGUCUGCAUUCCGGACUGCGGCUAUGGCUACUGCGUGGGUCCCAACCAAUGCAAGUGCUUCCCCGGAUAUCUAAAACGGAAUGGCGGGAUCUCCUGUGAAAGCUCAUGUUACCAGCGCUGUGAGAACGGCUUCUGUGCGAACAGCACAACGUGUGUGUGCCAAAAUGGAUUCCGCUAUGAUGAAAACACAACGAGUUGUCUGCCGGACUGCGGGGAUAACUGCGAGAACGGAGUGUGCAUUUCCCCGGGAAACUGUCGAUGCUUCAAGGGCUACGUUCGGAAUCGCGAGCGAUGCGAGGCGGUCUGCGACAGAGGUUGUGGAUUCUACGGGAAGUGCAUUGCCCCAAAUGUUUGCGGAUGUGCCUUGGUUCCCGGUCCAGAUCGCACUUACCAGCGCUGCGAGCACGGACUGUGCAACUCGAUGGGACGAUGUCGCUGCCAGGUGGGCACCACGCGAUUUAUCGACAAGUGUAUGUCUCCGGAUACGGUGACCACUUACGCCUCGAUGAAUCCGAUCCGGGUGAACGCCUCCCUGAUCCAGGAAUUCGAUCUGCUGCUGGGCAGGCACUUCAAUCUGAGCACCAACAGCUUGAUGUGGUGGCUCUGAGAUAAGGUUCCCCCAAAAAAUACUCGCUAGUGUUCAGAGUCACAAAGAAGUCACCAAUAAAUACUCAUACAUUUCUAAAAA